CUUGGGGGCACACUACACUUCAUCCGAAUAUAGGCAUAAUAAGCUAAUAUGCUGAAGUUUUUUCCCGCGCAAAUUUUCCCCUUCUUUUUCCCUCGGAGCAGAAUUUUGGAGCAGCCCCUAGACGCUUCUUAUAAAAUGGAGUCAGAUUAACAACGAAUGAAUUAUUUUACAUUACGAACCCAAACACGAUUGAAUGAAAUGAAAUUCAGAUAGAGUUUCAACAAGUGCUUGUACAUUCCGGAUAAUGGAUGGAUUCCAAGAUUGUGUUGUCACGAACCUAAUGACAUGAUAAUGAGAAAAGCUGAUAAAUCAUCACAUCUUUUGGAAUAAAAGUGGCAACAAUAAGAAAUAGCUUGACAUUUCAAAGACCCGCAAUCCCAACUGGAAUCGAGAAAUAAGAAAUUCUGCAAUACAUCUGUUUAGAAAUUUUUUAUCACGCUAUAAUUUUUAUUACUUGCUAGUGUGAGUAUUGUUACAUACAAAAAAGAGGAAUUUAUUCUAAUGACUCAUGUUACAAAACACUCUUCCAAAAAUUACAUUCAAAGUUUUCCCUUAUCAUUCACUUAAUGAAGAAACUUCUUUUUUGCCAAAUAUGGUCAAAGGCAUUUAAAUUAUAUUCGUCGUGAAAAUUUUAUUGUCAAAUUGGAAUAAAAGAGAUGUCUCGUGCUAGUGACGUGCAGAAAGAAGUGCUUUAAAAGUGCAAUUUUCUCAUUGACCAUUUAAUUGAGAAAUUAUUUGCUUGCAAACUUUGUGAUCAUUUCUCAGCUUCGGAAUUGAAAGAAACGUUUGCUGAUUCAUGAUAAAGAGAAACUACAUGUGACAUUUGUAAUAAAGCAGUUUUCCAGUGGUCACAAUUAAAAAAUCUUUGAAUGUCACUUACGAAUGAGAAAUCUUACGCUUGCAGCUUUUGCAACAAAGUCUUUUCUAUGGUUGGCAAUUUAAAAAGACAUUUACGGACGCAUACACAAGAGAAACUGUUUAAAUGCGAGUUUUGCAAGAAAACCUUUUCUAAGGAGGAAUAUUUAAAGAUACAUUUGCGUCUGCAUACGGGUGAGGAACCGUAUACAUGUGAAUUUUGUAACAAACCUUUUUUUGAUAGGGGAAAUUUCAAAAGACAUGUGCGUACGCAUACGGGUGAGAAACCAUAUGCAUGUGAAUUUUGUAACAAAUCCUUUUCAGGUAAGGGGGGUUUCAAAAAACAUUUACGGACCCAUACGCAAGAAAAACCAUAUACAUGCGAAUUUUGUAACAAACCCUUUUCAGAUCAGCCGAGUUUCAAAAGACAUUUACGUAUGCAUACGGGAGAGAAACCAUAUACAUGCGAAUUUUGCAAGAAAUCCUUUUCCAGCAACGAUCAUUUAAAAGUACAUUUGCGUCUGCAUACGGGAGAGAAACCAUACUCAUGCGACGUUUGUAACAAAUCCUUUUCUGAUAGGGGAAAUUUCAAAAGACAUGUGCGUACGCAUACGGGAGAGAAACCGUAUACAUGCGAAUUUUGUAACAAACCCUAUUCGGAUCCGGCGAGUUUCAAAAGGCAUUUACGUACGCAUACGGGUGAGAAACCGUGUAUUUUGUAACAAACAUUAUUCGGAUGAGCGGAGUUUCAAAAGACAUUUACGUACGCAUACGGGAGAGACGCCAUAAACUUGCGAGUGUUGCGAGAAAGCCUUUUCCAACAACUGGCAGCUAAAAGUACAUUUGCACCAGCAUACGUAAGAUCAACCAUAUACAUUUGACAUCGGUAACAAACCGUUUUGAAGAAGGGGAAUUUCAGAAGUCAUUUACGUACACAUACGGGAGAGAAACCGCAUACAUGGGAAUUUUGUUGUAAGGCAUAUUCUCAGCGGUCACAGAUAAAAUUUUAUUUACGUACGCGAAAAUACAUACAUAUAAUCUACGUACAUAGAAAAGAGAAACUCCACGCUUGCAAUUUUUGUAACAAAGCCUUUUCUGCGACUUGGAAAAAGACAUUUAAAAAGGCAUACGAACGAAGAACAGUAUGCAUGUCACAUUUGCAAUCAACCAUUUAUUCAUCGUUCUGAUUUAAACACACAUCUGCGGGCGCAUGCGAAGAAAAACUGUAUACAUGUUCGUGGCAUUUGUAGUACGGCUUUUUAUCAGAUUUCGAGUUUGAAAAGGCAUUUAUUUACACACACAAAAACCGUAUACAUGUGGAACUUGCAAUAAAGCUUUUCUAAGGCAUGCUGAUAUAAAGAAACAUUUACUGACGCAUUGGAAGGUGAAACCGCAUGCAUGCAUACGAAAGAGAAACCGUACACAUGUGACUUCUGUAAUACUAGAUAUUCUCAUUCCAUUUCUUUGAAGAAACAUUUGCCGAACCAUAUCAUAAAAAAUGAAUGAAUUAUACACCUCUGAUGUUCAAUAAAGCUCCUGUUAAUGGGAGAACUUCACCUCAUCUUAAAGAGAAAGACUUAUAAUAAUCAUUUUUUAGUAAGUUAACAUUUCAAAAAACGGACCAAAAACGCUUAUUAUUUUACUAAAAUAUGUUGAAAUUCUAGAUUUCCAUUUUGUAUUGCAAAGCGCAUAAUGCAUAUACAAUAUUAUACAGUGUAAUUCUUACACUUAAAUAAAAGUUCCAACUUUGCAGGGUUAUUGAAGAAAACAAAAGCCUUUGAAAAUUUAAUUAAUGCAACUAAAAAUGUUCAUUACAAUCACCUCUAAAAAAAUACGAACGUUAUCAAGACAAUACAAUAACUCAUCCCAUAACCUUUCGGUUUUUCCAAUAUUAUGCUUUGAAAGCUUGCAGAUGUGCAUGUUUUAAGUUUAUCAACAUCAGUUGAUAGCGGGGGUAUAAACACCUGCUGUUUACUGUAGCCCCCCCCAAAAAAAAAAUGUAGUAUCGCCCUACACGCUUAUCAUACAUACCUUUCAAAUCUUCACACAGGGCAUGCAGAAAAGAGAGUGGGUGAAUUAUCGCACUGCUUCGAUAUCCUUUGUAUUUCCGGACGGGCUCACAUUGAAAUCUUAUAACUAUUUUGAAUUUGAAUUUCCAAUUGUUAUUUUUGAUUUAUGAUUAAUAAUGAGGUUGUUUUCCUUUUUAACAGAACAGCAAAUUUGGGAUAUUCUUUUAUUAUCACCUUGUAUUCUGUGUAACAUGUAAAUGAAUAUUUAUGACUUAAUUAUUUGUUUCAUGCUAAGUCUGCUUAUUAUUGUGAAUAUGUUUCAUAUACAUGCAUUAAAAUUUUUCCAAUAAAUAUUUGUAUUUUAUUGGAAAGUAUUGUGAAUUAAAGUACUUCCCUUUUACUUUUGUAUGUGACUAUAACUUGUAUAAGUUUUCUUCUGUGACAUUUUGCGCCUUCCUAAGUGCCAAAGCUGUGAUUUAGAGUUUGAAAUAUAAAAUCUAAUAUGUAGAAGUAUGACUUAGUACAGAAGAGUUUAAAUUAUGGAAUUUACAUAACAUGGUUUUUUAUGCUUCAA